AUGGCUGCUGCUCAGAUUGACGGAUUCAAGCGUUUCGUGGAGGUCGGCCGCGUCGUGUACUUCACAAACGGACCAUACACCGGCAAGCUCGCCGUCAUCUCUGAGAUCAUCGACCACAACCGGGCGCUGAUUGACGGCCCCGAGACUGAGGUACCCAGGCAUGUUGCUUCGUACAACACCCUGACCCUGACACCUUACAUUGUCGCCGGUCUCCCUCGCUCAGCCAAGAGCACAGCUGUCUCCAAGUUCUGGAAGAAGUCUGGCGUUCAGGCCAAGUUUGAUGCAAGUGCAUACGCAAAGAAGCUUGCUGCCCGCAAGACGCGUGCAGGUCUCUCUGACUUCCAGCGAUUCCAAGUGAUGAAGCUCCGCAAGCAGCGCAAGUACGAGGUGGCUGUCAAGGCGUCAAAGGCUUAA